AUGAACUUUUGGUUAUUCUUAUUAAUUCCCUUAAUUACUGCUCUUGAGAAAGUUAAUGACUAUACUUUUGACAAGGUAGUCAGAAAGUCGGGGGAUUAUGUUUUGGUUGACUUUUAUGCUGAUUGGUGUAGACAUUGUCAACAACUAAUGCCAACUAUUGAAAAGUUGGCAGAUGAAUAUCAAAACGUCCCAGGAGUUAAUAUUGUUAAAUUGAAUGGUGGGGAUAGAAGUGGGAGAAAGAUGGUCAAGAAAUAUGAAAUAGAUGGAUUCCCAAUGAUGGUAUUAUUUCAUGGCGAUGACAAACCACUUUUUUAUGAAGGUUCAAGAGAUUUUGAAUCGAUUAAUAAUUUCAUAAAACUUGCUUCAGGUGUGAACGAAGUCAAAAACCCUGAAAUAAUUCCUGUCUUUGAUAAGGAACCAAAUGACGUUAUCCAAGUCAAUGAUUAUAACAUUGAAGAGAAGGUCUUGAGAAGUGAUAAGAAGACUUUAAUGUUUGUGGGUGGUGAGUGGUGUAGACAUUGUAAUGAAUUAAAACCCAAAGUUUACAGGAUUAACGAAAUUUUCAAGAAUGAUGACAACUUUCAAGUUGUAUCUGUUAUGUUGGAUCCUGAUCAAGGUACUACCAAUAAAAUCAGAAUUCAAUUUGGAAUCAAAGAAAUUCCUAGUUUGUUAUUUUUCGACCCUUCUAAGACCGAUGAAGACGGAUUAAGGAGACCGGAAUUAUAUACCGGCAGAAGGAAUGUCAAAGAUAUAUUAUAUUGGGUCAACAAACAUGGAUUUAGCAGGCAACAAGAUGGUAGAUUAGACAAUAAAGUGGGAAUUUUAGAUUUGAAUCUCAAACUUUUGAAGAAGGAUAUCAAAGGUUUAAUGAAUAAAAUCGAAAGGUUCGAUAUAGAUGAAAACAUAAAAACAUAUUACGGGAAAAUGAUGUAUCAUUAUCAAACCGACAAGUCAUUCUUUGAAACUGAAAUUAAUAGAUUAGAGAAAAUGGUUGAAGAAAGUUUUGACCAUAUCAACCAAAAAGAUAUUGAUUGGAUAGAUACUAGAUUAAACAUUUUAAGAAUCUUCAAGAACGCAUAA